CUUAUCCUCAGUGGGAGGGGGAAGAUAAGGGGAUGAUGGACGUAGAAUCAUGGCAAUGUUCUAAUAUGUUAAGAGUGAACACUCCGCGCAGAAGGCAGCCUUCGAAUCGUACUCCGGCGUGGACAGAUAGAUCAUCAGGUUGGUUCUCGGAGACAUGCUGGAAUAUCAUGAUCCUUGAUCCUGUCACGCACAUGGGGCAUGCUUCUCGCAAGAAAGAUAGUCCUUUGGUUUACCUGUGUGCGCUAGAGAGAACAAAUUCUCUGUGGUUCUGGAGGUAAGAGCGCCGUCGUUUCCUAUUUCCUCGAUGGACAUAUGAAAAUACUGAGCCUGACUAUGAAACUAUCGGACAAAUCUUUCGACGGGGAAGAACUCGUUGUCAACGUGUGCCUGCCAUUUUAGCCAACUGAAAGGUCUGCAAAGGUUACACUGUACUGACAGCAUCUCAUUCCAGGUUGCGAAACUUUCGUGAUUAGGCAAUCAGGAUCAUAGCAGGCGAAAUUGAGUACUCUCGCUCGCAUACCGUCGAUCAGAUCUGUCAUAUGCCAAUACAGGGAAUGCCGUGGGCUGCCAAGAGCAUUGCGAGGAUCAGAUUGCUGACCACCCUUUACUUUGCACGCAGAUAUCGAACGGGGAUUGUCGAUUCUUCUUUUUCUUAUCAACGUAGCACAACGUGAAACGGUUUGAUUCAUAAGUGCGCUAUGUGACUUCUUUGUCGGCGAUGAGCAUAUUUCUUACUGCCGAAUUCACCUGGUCCGUCACUUCCACUCUGUGCCAUCACCUCGCAGAGGCUAUUUUAGUUCCCCGUGCAAUUCCGAUGUCGGAUUGCAUGUGCACGAAUAGGAGAAACUACAUUGUUAUUUCGAUUAAGCUUAAGCUCAAGUGUAUCGAAGGCAAGCUAGUUUGAUUGAUUGACAGUAAUCGCCUAUUCUUUCUACGAUGAACACAAACUCAAUGACAGCGCCAGCUCGUUAGCCCUCGACGUCGAUUUCGCGUCAAACACACAAAGAACCCGAGCAGUCGCGGUAUGACUUAACAUGAUCAUCGUCUGAUACAAGAGGUCACCAACACAGGGCAGAGAUCUUGUUUCCUGGAGGAUCAGUAGUAGUCUACAACGACGAAUUCCUCGUAUAUCAUCAACACUUCAUUGUUGGCCAAACGUCAACUUGAGAAUCAGUUUCGUCAGACAACCUCAAUUAAAAAUGUAAACCUGUGUGAUCGGAGAACUGCAGGUCCCAAACUGCAGGCAUUCUCGUGAAGUUGAUGCGGAUAGCACAACACAGCAACAACACUCUGUCACCAAAACUCUUCUGCGCUACCAAAUCCGAAGAAUGGUGAGAACCAGGUCUGUGCUAUAACAGUUCGUAUGACGCCAGCACCUCCAACCACCCUGCGGCCCCCAAGUUCCUACUGUCGAAUCAAACACCAGCAGCGAUGCGUGUGAGUAGGCAGGCCAUGAGUCCAGAUGGAAGAGUCAUGCGAUCAUCGGUGGGAAAAGACAAAUGCGCAGGUGGGAGCAUAAUUCAGAAUUCAAACCGGCGAGUGAGCUUGAACCAUGGUCAACGCGGGAAAAUCGAAGGAUCACUGAUCGGAUGCUCCAGGCUAGGGUUCCACUUCACCCUCCAGCUCAUCUCGCAAGGCUUUAUAAUCUCGAGAAACUCAUUUCAGAGAGUCAUUCUAACUCUUCCUCUUUCCAGAGUUCUCUCCACUAGCGCGUAUUCCUGAGUCUCGUAGUUUCGAGCAGUAGAAAUUCUGGUCCGCUUCUUGCCCUCUGCAGCUGAGUCUGAUUGCUCUGAUUGUUGGCGAGUUGAUUCUGAGUUGCUGGAGACGAGGGCCUUUCCGUGAGGCAUCAUGUCAGGAAGAGGGAAGGGAGGUAAGGGAUUGGGGAAAGGAGGAGCCAAGCGUCACAGGAAGGUCUUCAGGGAUAACAUCCAAGGAAUUACGAAGCCUGCCAUCCGAAGGCUGGCGAGAAGAGGCGGAGUGAAGCGAAUCAGCGGUCUGAUUUACGAAGAAACCCGAGGAGUGCUCAAGAUCUUUCUGGAGAAUGUGAUUCGUGACGCUGUCACCUACACCGAGCACGCCCGACGCAAGACUGUCACUGCCAUGGAUGUCGUGUACGCCCUCAAGAGACAGGGAAGAACUCUGUACGGGUUCGGAGGAUGAGUGUCAACCUGUGACACGUCGCUGAGAUUCACCCUCGUGGUGAUUUCAGUCCCCAGUCGACAGUUUCAUCGUUCUCCGAUCGGAACCAGCUGCUCCCACGUCCAUGAAGGUGUGAAACUGGGAGUAGUCGCCAUGUCGUCCGAUACAGAGCACGCUCGUCUGAUUUUGUAUAGAUUCCCCGCAAUAGUUCGAGGGUGAAAGGAGCCUCCUAGUUGUCAAAAACAUUAUGGGAACAAUCGGAGAGAGCUGCUAAAGCAGCCCAUGUAAAUUACUCAGAAGAUCAGGUAUUCAAUAUAUAAUCUUUUUGACGUUCUCAGUCAAAUUUUGACCCAAUCUUCGGUACUCUGUCCCUCGUGCUCGACCUGCUAUCAUUAAGUGCGUCCAUUCGGUCACAGGAGAAUUCGUCGACAUUCAUGCCCAAUUGUCGAUCCAGUUCCUCGAAAGCCCGAAUUCGUUUGGAAAACAUGAUUCAUUGACUAGAAAUUUUAGCUCUCUGCAGUCAUCCCUCUGUAUGCUUGCCAGUGAGACUGAAGUUGGCUCCAUUCCGAUUGUUCUUUGAUGCGCCGAGUUGAAUGUAUGGAACUCCUUAAAUUAACGCUUCCGGUUCAGACACUGAAUGCG